GCUCAGCCACAGCGUCUUACUGCCAGGCAAAGGAAGGAGUCCAGGAAACACACAGACACACACACACACACACACACACACAGCUCAGUAGGAUCUAAGCAGCUGUUUCCAGGAGCAUCUCCUGCAGCCUGAGCCGAGCGUUGGAUGUUUGGACUUGAUGCAUCUUCACAUGGCGGCAUCUGGAGUGGCUUGUGAUCCAGGAUUUAUUCUCUAACCUGUGGCAGUGUAGGAGCGGAGACUCAAGCAGUGGGACGAUCCCGGGCUGUGGUUUUAUCACCAAACACUGACUUUGGAUUGUAGAUCUGAAAAGUCUUGAGCUUGUACACAAGAUUUUACCUGUAACAUCAUGUUGUGUACCUGCUGGUUUUAGCAUGACUGCUGUCAACAGUUUGGACUGUGUGUGAGAGCCAGCCAGUGUUUCUGUUUGUGUGUGUGUGGUGUGUGGAUGUGUGCGUGUCAGGAUGAGUGUUCCCAUGUUGAAGAUUGGCGCGGUGCUCAGCACCAUGGCUAUGGUAACUAACUGGAUGUCCCAGACUCUGCCGUCGCUGGUCGGACUCAAUGGAACCAUCAUCUCCUCUGAGGGCACACAUGAGCGUAUCGUCAGUGGUUUGUACCCGGGCUCAGAGGAGGGCUGGCAGGUGUACAGCACAGCUUCAGAUCCUGACGGCAGGUGUGUUUGCACGGUGGUCGCUCCGGCACGGAACCUCUGCAAACGAGACCCUCGGAGUCGACAACUUCGCCUGCUGACUGAACAGGUUCAGAAUGUGAGUCAGUCCAUGGAGGUUGUAGACCUGCGGACAUCCAGAGAUCUACAGUACGUCCGUGACACUGAGCCGCUGCUGAGAGGAGUGGACGGACGUUUACACACUUACGUGGCCAACCCCCGCACUCUGACGGCUAAGGGCCUGCAGGAGUUAAAGGGCCAGAUGUCUCAGCUACGGCCCCUUCUGUCAGUGGUGGAGCAGUACAGAUUGGACCUGCAGACGCUGGCCACCCUGCGACUGGAGCUCCUCAACCUGUCAAUCAUCCUGACAGCCAUUCAGGAAGAGAUAGGAGCGUACGACUACGAGGAGCUUCAGCAGAGGGUUUUACUGCUGGAGACCAGGCUGCACAGCUGCAUGAACAAACUCGGUGUGGUCGAUGGACGGCUACUAUAAAGGCAGGCGUGUGCUGGAGUACAGAACCAUGGGGGAUUUCACAAAAGGGCAGAACUUUGUGCAGCAUCUGUUGCCCCACCCCUGGGCAGGAACCGGACAUGUGGUUUACAACGGGUCGCUCUACUACAACAAACACCAGAGCAACAUCCUGGUUCAGUACCAUUUCCGCUCUCGCAGCGUGUUGCUCCAGCGCAGUCUUAGUGGAGCCGGGUACAACAACACAUUUCCCUACAGCUGGGGAGGAUCCUCUGACAUCGACCUCAUGGCUGAUGAGAUGGGACUCUGGGCCGUCUAUACCUCCAUCCCAAAUGCUGGAAACAUAAUGGUGAGUCGUCUGGACUCUCGCUCGCUGGAAGUCCUCCAGAGCUGGGACACCGGGUUUCCUAAGCGCAGCGCAGGGGAGGCCUUCAUGAUCUGCGGCACCCUGUAUGUCACCAACUCCCACCUGGCCGGGGCCAAGGUCCACUUUGCCUACCACACCAACUCCUCCACGUACGAGUACACUGACAUCCCCUUCCACAACCAGUACUCCCACAUCAGCAUGAUGGACUACAACCCCAGAGAAAGAGCGCUGUACACCUGGAACAACGGACACCAGGUUCUCUACAAUGUCACAUUGUUUCACCGUCAUCCACGAGUGACGCUCAGCCUGUGA